UUCUUUUGUAAAACAAAUAUAUCGAGCUAUACAAGGGGAACGAGUAGUUUUUAAAAAGCUUUUUGUCUUCUUUUCACGAUCGUCAUUUAUAAAAGUUAUCCAUCAUAGUAACCACAGAUCAACAAAUUUGUAGAUCAUUUCAACACAUAAAAAUAAUUUUCAUUAUAAUUUAUAGAGCAUAUUAAAAUAUUAAUAAUCAUAUACAAUGAAAGUUAAAGAAAAUUCGUCUAAGAAUCAAUUAAAUACUAAUAAAAAUUCACCAGCAAUGGACCGUUUGAGUGAAGAUGGAGGUCGAAGAGCUGGUUCAAAAUCUUCUAAUAGCCGAAAAUCACGUCGUAGAAAGCCUAGAAGUGCUACAAAUGAGUCUAAGACAAGAUCAAACGUUUAUUUGGAUAACAAAAAAGAAUUAUCAUCAAAGUCUGCAGAAUUUUCCUAUCAUCAAAGUUAUCCAUCAGCAUCUAAUUCAGCUCCACAUAUUCAAAGUCAAGGCAACAAUAAUCACGUUACCCUGAGACCUCGGUCACUUUAUACAGUUCAUAGUUAUCAUCCAGUCCCAGAAAAUAAUUUUCAAAGAUUCAAUGAUUAUACCAAGUAUUUGGAAGUUUCUCCAUCUGAUCAGUGGCCAGGAACAGAUAAUGAAACUUCUUACUUAAGUCCAGGUGCAAUUUGGAGACAGAGAAAUCUUAAAACUCCAAUUAUCAAUUCCUACUACGGUAAUUCUGAAGAAAAGGGUAUUUACUCGGAUUGUUGGCGAGAACAAGAUAGCGAAAAUUUGUCUGUUGGUGCUGUAGCUACACCUUAUGGCACUAUUUCUUUAAGACUUCACAACAGAAUUCGCGUUGAUAUGACAGUCGAUCGAGCUAUCAGAGUGAUUAAUUUCAAGAAUAAUAUUGUAUUGAGUUUGAGUGGGUCAGGAUCAGCUUCAGCUCUUCUUCAUCCAAAUGGACGAAUUUACCAAUAUGGAUCACGCGUAGAAAUUCUAGCUCAUGAUUCCAAUGGAAAUCAUAAGUACGCAAAAAUGUGGUAUAAAGGGAUAAGUUUCACUUCGGAACAGUGUGCUUUAGUAUAUCUUGUUGAUGCUGCCGGAACAAGGACAACUACAGAUUCGUUCUCAGAUAUGAGUCAAAAUUUUUCUCUCAGUGUAUUUUAUUCUGAGUCUCGUCACGGCCCAUCGUAUGUUCAAGAGGCAACAUCAGCUUUGUCGUCUGCACAAUAUUGGUUAACUGAUGAGGGAAUUGAAAAUUGGAUUAUUAAUAAUGUUCGAAUAUCUCAAACACCUGAUGGACUUGUCAGGAUUGCAAGAAACAGUAACAAAUAUCAAUUAAGAACAUCACCAACAAAUGGAACAGCUUCUUUAACUACUCCAUUUCUUCGCUGUACUGCAUCCUUAGGCCAGACAUCACACUUAUUUGUACGUCGCGGUGAAAGACGAAUGCAUUAUGACGGGACAAGUUUUAUUGUUAGAAAUGCUGGUCACAGUGCAGGAUUUGAUGACAAUAAUCAGCUAAAAGUUUAUUAGCAUUCAAUUUACUUUUUGUUGUCAUGUU